GACAUUGGUCAAGGCAAAGUUAAUGUCACAGCUUUCUACAAGAAAGAAGGAAAUGCCUCAAUGGAGAGCCACGCCCUCAGAGCACUUCUCUGUCUACACCAGAGGUUUGUUUCAUCCCAAUUCCAUGGUGCCACUGGGUUCAGUGGCACAAUCAUUUCUCAAUCAGAGGGGGCCUCCAAUGAGCCUGUGUUGAAUGGCCAAUCAGCAAACAGGAAGCACAACAUUGACCCACCAACUGACAGUGGGAAAAGAGCAGGUGACCAAAGUGAUGAAAGGUGUCCUAUAUGUUUGGAUAAAUUCAAAAACAAGAGACAGCUCAACUGUAAACAUGAAUUUUGUAAAGACUGUCUGAAACAAGCAGAGAAGGCGAAUGGGCCCAUCUGUCCUAUAUGCAGAGUCGUCUUUGGUAAGAUAGUCGGAGACCAACCAGAUGGAAGAAUGUCACACCAGAUACUCACAAUUCCCCUCCCUGGAUACUCAGACUGUGGCACCAUAAUGAUCAGCUAUGAGAUUCCAAGUGGAACACAGACGGAAAAACAUCCCAAUCCUGGACAGCGCUAUUUUGGGAUUAGAAGACAAGCGUAUCUUCCAGACAACAAAGAGGGCAAUGAAGUGCUGCGACUGCUGAAAAAAGCUUUUGGCCAGAAGCUCAUUUUUACUAUUGGUACAUCCAGAACAACUGGUAUGGACGGCCAGGUGACCUGGAACGACAUUCACCACAAAACAUCCACAUCUGGAGGACCAGAUUGCUUUGGGUAUCCUGACCCUGAGUACCUGAGCAGAGUCAAAGAGGAGUUAAAGGCCAAAGGCAUUGAGUGAAGUGUUUGAUACAAAGUACAGGUGGAUUAGAAAUCAAAGACGUUAAAAACAAGAUGACUCUUUAAACAGACACUGAAAUUCAAACACUCUGUUUUGCUCUCUUUUCUCUGUUAAUUCUUUAAAUGAUCAGUAGGGGUUAGAAUUUACUUUUUUCAUUAGCCACAUAUAUUAUCUUCAAAUAUUGGGUGAUUACACUUUUUUGUUUGUCAAAGUUUUCAUCAUGUAACAAUAUAAAAUGUAAAGUUGCGUAAACACAGACUUAUAUGAUCUCACGUCUACAGUGCUGAUGGUCUGACUUGCUGUUUGCCUAAUAAAUGAUUAAAUCCUC